AGCAAAGCUGUGUGCGGAUGUUGAAGGUGUGAAGCAAGAAGCGACGCCGAGCGAUAGAUCGACCUGAAUGCGGCUCAGCCGGUGUCCAGAGUACGUAAUAUCUGCAGCAGGCAUCGUCAGCACAUGCGCCAGAAGGCAGAGGCCGCACAGUCGCGCUUGACAGGCUGGCACGCCAUCUAAGGCAGCGCCCCUCGCGUGUGAGCAGACUGCCCACACCGGUGGAUGGCAAUGGCUUUGCUGCAAGAGCAGCCUCUUCCCGCCACGACAGGGGUAGAGGGCUGCGAAACAAUGACAGAGAAGCACUUUGCGCCGUGCUUCGAUGCUGUCCGCAAACGCAGGCCGAGCCGCAGCCCUUCGAGUGCCGCCUACUUGGCUAGCUGCUGCCAUACAACUGCACGGCAGAACGCGAGAGAUGCACACCUGGCGCUUGGCGGUGCAUCGCUGGUCUUUGGCUGUCCCGCUACCCUUGCGUGCGGUCGCAGCUGGCUCCCACCAAGACAAGACCCAUGGCCCCGGCGCAGCCGCGGCGAACGGCCAAAAGCAAUUACCCUAGCCCCGGGCUGCGCCGCAUUCAACGCCGGCGCUCGAAUGGCCGGCGUAUAUGCGUGCGGCUCAGGCACGACAGGGGCGCCCGAGGAGCAGCAGGCACUCUGCACUGGUGAAGACGCAGGAGCUACUCACAUAUCCUGCCAGCAAGGGCCACCAAUGCGAGCGCAAGAGAGGCGAAGGCCGCUGCAAGGUCUCCAACUAGCGCCUAGAGGCCAAGUCUGGACUCGGGCGUGCGUCCGAGCAGUCGGCGAGGCUCCUGCAGCCAAACUGAGCUUCUGUGCAGUACGGCCUGCCAAACGCAGCGGGAGCCGGCGCGUCGCAGAGGAGCGUCGCGAAGGACGGCGGCCGGCGCGGGGUGCGCAAGAGGCGCCGGCAGCGCGUGGUCUUCUUCUUGCGGGCACGCGCCUCGUGCAGUCACAGUCUGAGUCUGAGUAAGAGUCGAGCUCGAGCUUGGAGACUUUCCUCGAGCAGCACA